CUGCUCAAUCUGAUUCUUGACGUCUCUGCGUGUUGCUCCAAUCACUUAAGUAAAUACGGUGGAUAUUCUGUAAGCCCAUAACACUAGCAUUUGUUACAUCAUUCACUAUUGCUCGCCUGACGUAAUGUACUCACAUACAAGUCAUGUAUAUAAACCUACUUAUCUACUCCGAUCAGACAUUACAAGAUACACAUCUGCUUAUAUAUUCAGACCGAAAUGUCUUCUGCCGCUGAGGCCAUUCAGUCUGCAGAGGAACGCCCUGCCAAAUUGUCCUCGGAAAAGAAAGCGGGCGAUGGAGAUACUCUCGGAACCCCCAUUCAGUACCCAAAUGCCUUCCGGACGACUGCCAUCGCUAUAGGCGUCGCCUGCGCGUUGUUCGCCGUGGGACUGGACAUGGUAAGUGACACCGGCCACUUCGCGGCACACACUAUUGUAGCCACCGCGAUCCCAAAGAUCACCGACGAAUUUGGCGGCAUUGAUCUGGUCGGCUGGUAUGAGUCGUCAUUCUUCAUCUUGUUGGCAUGUUUCCAGCCAUUUUGGGGCAAGACUUACCAGUACUUCCCGCUGAAAUACACUUUCAUGUUGGCCGUGUUCAUCUUUGAGGUAGGAUCGCUUGUUGCAGGCAUCGCUCCAUCGAGUUCCGUCCUCAUCAUCGGUCGUGCCAUUACUGGAAUAGGCGGAGCUGGCAUCGCAACUGGUGGAUAUGCUAUCUUGAGUGUCGUGGUGCGCCCGGAGCUUCGCCCCGUGUUCACAGGCGCUGUCACUACGGUUUACAGUCUCGCCAACGUCAUGGGCCCGAUCAUUGGUGGUCUAUUCGCAGAGCAUAUCACUUGGAGGUGGUGCUUCUACAUCUCAUUACCUAUAGGUGGCACAUCCGCCAUUAUUAUCUUCUUCCUCUUCCGUACCCCAAGCGUGCACCGAGAGAAGGAGAAAGUACCCCUUAUCGAGAAGCUCUCUCAACUGGAUCCCAUCGGUAUUCUCUUAGCACUCGGUUCGUUACUCUGCUUUGCACGAGCGUUUCAGGUCGGCGGCAUCACCAUGGCUUGGAACUCCUCGGAAGUCAUCGGACUUCUUGUGGGCUUUGGCGUCUGUCUUAUCUUGUUCUUCGUCUCUCAAAGAUUGUUAGACGAUCGCGCUAUGAUGGUCGCCAGACUUCUUAGAACUCGCUCGGUCGUCGUUGGAAUGGCCUACGGCUUUUUUCUCGAGGGCGCCUUCUAUACUCUCCUUUAUGCCCUACCGAUUUACUUCCAGGCGGUCGGAGAUGUCUCCCCUGCUCAAGCAGGUCUCCGCAAUCUACCUCUACUGAUCUCAUGUGGUAUUGGCUCUAUGGCAGCAGGCAUCCUCGCCUCGAAGUAUGGCCACUUUAUCCCGCUCAUGGUCUGGGCUGCCGGAGGCGGCUGUGUUGGGACUGGCUUGAUUUAUACCUUGGGUACAAAGUCGUCAUCCUCCUACUACAUCGGCUAUCAGGUUCUCGCUGGACUUGCCUACGGCACCGGACUUCCAUUGGCCAUCAUUGUGGGUCAAGGCUACGCAACUCUCGAAGACAUUCCUGCUGCCACGGCUAUGCUACUCUUCACCUUCUGUUAUGGGAGUUCUUUGGCUCUGGUAGCCGCUCAAUCGAUCCUGGGCAACGUCUUGAUCUCGCAGUUACGAGAAACCGCUCCCUCGAUAGAUCCGGCAAGCGUCAUCCGAGUGGGUGCCGGCGAGGUCGCUUCCCAGUUCCCUGCAGAUCUCGUCCCCCUAAUCGUUGAAGCCUACCUAUCUGGCCUUAGAAAGGGCUACAUAAUGCUCAUCGCUCUGGCUGGAGCAGCAACGAUCACAGCGUUCUUCUACCGGUGGGAGAAGCUGCGAGUUUUUGAUACAUAGUUUGAGCUAGACAGUUACCUUGUACGUUAAUGUAAUCCAC